CCUCCUUCCUUCAGAGGGGCGGACGGUGGGAUGAGGAGAGAAGUUUGCCUUCGGCGCGUUUCGCUCAACAUUAAACCGUAUUUCAUUUUAGGGGGGGGACAGCAACAAGAGGAGCCUUCGAGGGAUUGCUGAGAGGAGUAUCCGACAGCGGAGACACCGACACAGCUGACCCCCUUUAUUUACUCCUUUGAUUUCAUUUAAAGAUUAACCAUUAAUGUCGCCGAACUAAAGGGAAGAGACUCGGGUCCAAGUCGGAGGGCUUUUAAUUUAAUUUGUGGAGGAAUAAUAAGAAAAAAAGGACAAAACGAAAGAAAAAGAGGAGCAGCUUUCGAGUGAAGGAAAAAAAAAGUAGAUACUGACUCAUAAUGAAUAACAACAAAAUAGAGAAGGAAAACGAGCAGAGUGAGUUCAGCAACCAUGAAGAGGAGGUCCGAACGCUAUUCGUCAGUGGGCUACCGCUGGAUAUCAAACCGCGGGAGCUGUAUCUCCUCUUCAGACCAUUUAAGGGAUAUGAAGGAUCCUUGAUAAAACUCACUUCUAAACAGCCGGUGGGGUUUGUCAGCUUUGACAGCCGAUCAGAGGCGGAGGCUGCUAAGAAUGCCUUGAACGGGGUCCGUUUUGAUCCAGAGAUUCCCCAAACUUUGCGGCUGGAGUUCGCCAAAGCUAACACCAAGAUGGCCAAAAACAAGCUGGUCGGCACUCCCAACCCCCCUCCUUCCCAACAGAGCCCCGGGCCACAGUUCAUUAGCAGAGACCCAUAUGAGCUUACAGUGCCCGCUCUCUAUCCCAGCAGCCCAGAUGUGUGGGCGUCAUAUCCGCUGUACCCGGCAGAGCUGUCGCCGGCCCUUCCACCCGCUUUCACCUACCCCUCCUCGCUCCACGCUCAGAUCCGUUGGCUCCCACCUGCAGAUGGAACUCCUCAGGGAUGGAAGUCCAGACAGUUCUGCUGAAGUAUGUGUUCCUGAUGUGUGAUGGUGGCCGUGGCCGGCUGUGACGGGCGUUGCUGUUUGCCUCUUCUAUUAGAAAUUAGAAGGGCUGACCUGAUUCCAGAUCCUGCAGCAGCGUACCGUCGGCAGCAGCAGCCUUAUGGGCUUCAGGACAUACUAGACCCCAGCCUCCAUCGCACAUCAAGCCCCACUCCCGACUCCCCCUCCUCCCCGAAGUCUUUGCUACUCUCUUUGUUUUUUGUUUUUUUAUACUGUUACAUACUCGAGCUUUGCAGGCAGCACUUCUGCUACUCCUCCUCUGAGACGUAUGGUGGAAACGCCCUGUGUUUACCGAUGCUUCAUGCGCAGGCAAACGUACGGAAAGACCAACGCAGGAGAGUUGUGGAAGUGUGGCUAAAGUGCAAACGAGUAAUGUUAUAAUACUAGAAUUAUUAAUAUUCUGUAUAUCAUUCAUAUCAAUGUUAUUAUAAUAAAUACAUGUUGAAGCAUGAAUUUGCAAAAAAAAAUCAAAAAUAAAUAAAAGAUUCAACAAUGCUGUACAUUUUUAGAUAUUUUAAAGAAAAACAAAAAGGUAUUUUUGUAAUCAAGACAACGUUGAAAUGUUUCGAUCGGUUCAUGUUGUGUAUGAGAAAUUGUCCUACCUUUUUAUUUCAAUUUGUUUGCCUCUUUUAUGUUUUCGUGGCAUUUGUAAAAUAACAAGUCGCCCUUCCAUACCAAAGCAGUCAUCGGUUUAACUUGUCUUUUCUACACAAAGUGGAUUUCUCUUUGCUUUUUAUUUUUUUAUAGUGCUGAGCUAAAUCAGCAGUCCCUUUUCACCCUGUAUGCUGUCAUAAUGUGCAAGAAGAGGCAUCAACAGGAUUAAAGCCAUCGCUGGUGAAAGUAAAAAGUGACCCCAGAGAUGACAGCGAGUGGCAAAACUCAACUCCACUAUUAUUAGAAAUCUUCUUUAUUUUGUAGCAAGAGGACAAUAGCAAAGUACAGAGAAACAAAAGACCAAAGGCUUUUUUUUUACACUGGUGCGCAUUUUAGAAUUCAAUUUCUGACUGCUUUGUAGUCCUUGGUCUGAUUUUCUUAUGAAGUACGACAUAAUUAUUUUUUUUUUUUGCUGCAUAUCCCUGUUGGUGUCACUCCAAAGAGUCUUUUAGCUUCUGAAAGAAUUUUUCCACUUGAAGCAUUUUGUCUCUUUUGUCUAUUUUAAGGAAGCUGGUUUGAUUGGACUUGCUUUUGGCAAGUUUUAAUUUGCAUAUUAAUGAUGGAGGUGGAAAAAAAAAAACAAGAAUAAUUCCUGAUUUGAUGUCUUUUUGCAAUAACAUCCGCUGUGCAACAUAUCAUGGACUGAUCAUGUUUGUGUAACCUUUUUAAUGGCAAAAUAAUCAACUUUGUCCCAUUUGUGCAAAACUCUUAACGCUUGUAAUCAAUUCUUGUACUUUGCAGAUAAAGUCACAUAUCAUACUGAUGUGGCGAUAAAGGAAACCACAGAAAAUGCUGUAAGAAAUUAACAAUAUCUGAAUACUCUUUACUCCAGGUGUGUAAAACCUUCUUUGGCUAGUUGAAUCCUGUACAUUUGUCAGUGUUUCUUCAUGUUGAAUAAUAACAUGCGUCAUAUUAAGGUGGACCGUAUCACCUGAAUAGAUGAAGAGGGGUUUUUUUCUUUUUUUUUUUUUUUAUAAUUCUAAACCAAGUGUGGAGCCAAAUUUAUUAGAACAAGUAUUUAUAUAAAAAAGUGUGAGUGUGUUUUUUUCUUUCCAAAGAUCAUAGAAGAUUAUUGUAUAAUUAACUGUAAGUAUUACUGUAAGUUUAUCUGUAUAAUCAUUUGAUCAUUUUUCUAGAGCUUCAUUGGGUUUGUGACUGUCCAAUCGGAACAGUCUGUGUUUGAUAUGUGAAUACUGCUAUAAUUCACUGUGAAAGUCGGAGAACAAAUCGAUCUUUUCAUGUUUUUUCCAGCCUUAUGGUACAGAAAUUCCUGGAAGUUAAUGAGACGGUCAUUCUGUUUGUUAAUGAAAGAUAUUCCUUUGCUUGGUUUCGGUGUGUAACUGUGUGUUGUGCAUGUUCACAGGCAUGUGUUUGUUCUUUUUUCCUUAAUACCUACAAGUGCUGUUGAUAUUUAUGUACUUUAGCCGCUGUGAGGAGGAAAUUGACCUCAGUGGGUUGCAGAUGUUUGUUGGUUUGAAACAAAAAAAAAAAAAAGGUGAUAGAGCUGUUUUUAUGAACAUAUUAAAUGAAGACAUUUUGGUCCAUCUGCCAUUAAAGAUUGACAUUGAAACUGC